GUGUGGAAUAUGAAGAUCAGACAGGAGUUUUACCUGCCUGACGGUAUGAACGAUUGGUAUUAAGUUCGUACAGUGCUUAAGUCGACACAGUAAGGCGCGCUAGGUGGGCAGCGCGGAUACUGAAGCCACAGGCACAAGGUAGACCACGUCUUCACGUCUUUUCACCGCCUCGGGGAAACUGAACGGGGAAUGUUCGUGGAUUUUGUCAGUUACAAUUCUUUUUCCAGCUUUUCCUUGCCGGUAUUAACGUUUGACGUUGAAACAACAGUUACUAAAUACACUUUCUAAACGACGUCCAACUGUUUGCUGUCACAAGAGCUACAACAUUCUCGAAGAGUGUGAAUUUCUAGGUCAAAGGUCAACAUAUCCAUCCUUUCGGUGCGCUAAGCUCUCGGAUCUCAAUUAAUGACAAAUCUUUGAGAUCUUCCACACCGUGUGGGUCAGCUUGACUGUCCACGAACCUUGUAAAGUCACCAGAAAGUGAUAUCUAUAAGAUAUUUAUGCUCAAUCCCGCCUUGUCAGGCAGUCUGUUUGGACUAACCCCCACCUGGGAGACGUUUUCUGUGCAUUCGAGUGAUGUAGCUAUCCCCAGAAGACAACACUGUGUUAAUUUGUUCAGGGGCUUCAGGCAAUGGCGUCACGCCCCAUGGCGUCACCAGGCAUGACGUCACAAUGUGUCCUUUCGUCGUGCUGUGUAUUAGUCGUGAUUUUGAAACAGAGUUUGUCAGAAGCUGCAACCAUAAGCACUGAUGUAAGUCUGCCAAUGAAUACAUCUGAAAAUGUGACAGUAAACGAAACAUUUGAGAUGGCAACCCAGGAACAGUUUACAAACACAACUAGCGGGAGCACAGCGGCCACGAUUGCUUCAAGUACAGUCGUGACAAACUCUACCCAAGAUGUUGAGGACCAUGAGGACUACACGGGCGUGAUUGUCGGCUCAUCAGUAGCUGGGGGUCUCGGGGUCGUCCUAGUCACGGUGUGCAUCUGCUGUCUCAUCCGCUCUAGACUGAAGGUCAGACGCAAGCAACCAAGUAUAUCCACCAUAUACAACACAACCGAUGGUUGACCGGUUACGAAAUGAACAGAAUCUCGGCAAGGUACCAGUUGAAAAUGGUACCCGUUCGCUCCACAACUUCCGGUCUUCUCAUGGGACGUCCUUUCUCACCGGUUAGACCUGCCUCCCUUUAUAAGGAAUCAAACUACAAUAUCAACUUUGGAUUUCUUCCUUCUCCAGUCAACGCGUACACCGCUGUUGAAUAUUAGCAAAAUUUUUACAACUUAACAGAAUGUCCGGAUUUUUAACCGUAGGAUCAUCUCAUUGAGGUUACACUCAAAAACACAUUCAUUAAUUUUAAAGAAAAUCAUUCGAUUUUAUAACGUAAUAACGCCUAAUGUGUCAUGUCCAACAUAUUAUCAUGUUAGUCUGAUGUAAUCUCUAUCUGGAUUUAUUAGAAUCGUUGUGCUAUAUACAUCCACCAUCACUCAGAAUGAGAGUGAUUUUUAACGCACGACAGCCGUUAAAAGUUUUAGUUCAAACAACGGAUUGUCUAAGGCCGAGUCGUAAGAAGAAUGCCACCCAUGUGGUCACUUUCCCCUAUUACGGGAUAUCAUCACAAGGUUAGAAAAGCAGCCAAGGGUAACGGCGAUUGGUUACUUAUUGUGUAGGAUUAUAUUUAUCACAUAGCUGUUCCCCUAACAGAGCAGACCCAGGAAGAUGCAUGUAGAACUGGAACAGUCCGAUGUACGUAUACAAACUACAUAUACAACAAGAACAGUCUGAUGUAACUAUACAACCUACGCAUACAACAGGAACAGUCUGAUGUAGCUAUGCAACCAACGUAUGCAUUAAGAACAGCCUGAUGUUCCUAUACAACCUACGCAUACAACAGGUACAGUCUGAUGUACUUAAACAACAGGAAUAGUCUGAUGUACAUAAACAAGAGGAACAGCCUGAUGUACAACAGGAGCAGUCCGAUGUACAUAAACAACAGGAACAGUCUGAUGUAUCUACACAACAUACAUAUACAACAGGAACAGGCUGAUGCACCUAUACAACUUUCAUAUACAACAGGAACAGUCUGAUGUACCUAUACAACCUACAUAUAAAAGAGGAACAGUCUGAUGCACCUAUAAAACCUACAUAUACAACAGGAACAGUCUGAUGCACCUAUAACACCUACAUGUAGAACAGGAACAGUCUGAUGUACCUAUACAACCUACAUAUACAACAUGCAUUUACAACAGGAACAGUUUCAUGUACCUAUACAACCUACAUAUAGAACAGGAACAGUCUGAUGUACCUAUACAACUCACAUGUAGAGCAGGAACAGUCUUGUGUACGCAUACGACAUAGACAUACAACAGGAACAGUCUGAUGUAUCUACACGACCUACACAUACAACAGGAACAGGCUGAUGCACCUAUACAACUCACAUGUAGAGCAGGAACAGGCUGAUGCACCUAUAAAACCUACAUAUACAACAGGAACAGGCUGAUGCACCUAUAAAACCUACAUAUACAACAGGAACCGUCUGAUGUACCUAUACAUUCUACAAGCACAAUAGAAACAGUCUCAUGCACUUAACCUACAUACACAACAGGAGCCGUCUGAUGUACCUAUACAACCUACAUAUACAACAGGAACAAUCUGAUGUACUUAUAGGCUACAAAACACAUGUAGUACUUCUUUUUUGCUAAUUUUGCUUAGUUGAUCCUUAGUUAGAAGCGAAGAUAUUGAUAAUAAUUUGCUCCAGAAUAAAUGACGCUCUCUUAUUA